AUGGCUAUGCUUCCAUCGGAGACUAAUGCAGAUGGUGCAAUGUUAAAAGCUUUUCCAUUCUCUUUGGCGGACAAUGAUAAGAAAUGGUUGUACUACUUGCCAUCCGGGAGUGUCACUACAUGGAACGGGUUGAAGAAACUUUUCUUACAGAGGUACUUCCCUGCAUCAAAAUCUACUAAAAUUUGUAAGGAGAUUUGUGGUAUACAACAAAGAGAUGGGGAGUCAUUGGGUUCCUUCUCGAGUCUAGCACUGAGUUAUGAUUCUAUUCUAGCCGUUGAUGUAACUGUUAAGGAUUGGUCUAUUAAAGGCCAAUCAUUCUUCUCUCCUGAAUUAUUUGUACUAGAUACUCUACAAUUGGUAUCAGACUCCAUCCUGGAACCUGUAGCCAUGGCCACCAAAGAAAAGCUUCAAGAGAUCUCAUCAACCAUUUCUCAACACACCGAUUCAAUUACUGAGAUUAAAUCUGAAAUCCAGUCUUUGAGUACUAAGAUGAACAUUAUCAUUGGGUUACUUGAGGCUGCACCGAACUCGAAUUUACCUCCAGAUCCUUCUGCAUCUGAGACUCCUCAAACGAAUCUGGAAAAUUCAAUUGCAGGCUUUCAGAAGCUGGUUCACAAUCUUUCUCAUACUGAAUAUCGUAAGUUCUCUCGUACUCCUAAAGUAGAUUUUCCUCGAUUCAAUGGUACAAAUCCCCGUGGUUGGGCUCUCAAAUGUGUAAGAUACUUCCAAUUCCAUAAUAUUCCUGAUAAUGAACGUGUUGAUAUUGCUGCUAUUCACUUCGAUUCUUCCGUAGAUCCGUGGUUUCUAAAUUACCAACAGGGUAGCUUCAAUAAACUUUACCAGACCACCAGUGUUGAGGAUUAUUAUGAUCUUUGGGAACAUUAUAAAAGUUUCAUGGUUGCUAACAAUCCUUCUUUGCCUGAGAGUUUUUAUACCUUGAGUUUCAUUAGUGGGUUAAAAGAGGAGAUCCGUACUAUGGUGCAAAUGUUUAAACCUGAUAAUACUGCAGCAGCUUUUUACUUGGCUAGAUUGCAGCAAGAUUCUAUGCAUCACCAACAUAAAUCUACUAAAUCCUUCUCUAAACCAUUUUCUCCCUCACCACUUUCUGUUAGGAAAGACAAAGGGCUUUGUUAUAAUUGUGAUGAGUUUUACAGACAAGGGCAUAGAUGUAAAACUCAACAACUGUUUAUGUUGAUUGCUGAUGAGGACCUUGAAGGACAUGAAUCAUUAUCAACUGAAGAUGUCUCUGAAGACUCUCCUUCAACUCCUGAUUCUCCCAUCGAGAUUUCUUUACAUGCCUUGACAGGGAAUGUUGCCCCUGAUACAAUUAGAAUUGCUGGUCAUCUUAAUAAGCACUCUGUCAUUAUCCUUAUUGAUACAGGCAACACCCACAGUUUCAUUGAUGCUAAUUUAACUUCAAAGUUGGGUCUACAUGUUUCUCCAACUGGACAAAUGCUUGUCACAGUUGCUAAUGGAGAUAGCACUCUUAGUCAAGGUAUCUGCCACAACUUACAUUGGGAUAUGCAAGGCCAUCAAUUCUCUGCACAUUUACGAGUUCUUCCUCUUGGCGGUUGUGACAUUGUUUUAGGAGAUGAUUGGUUGCGCCAACUUGGUGAUGUUACAUUCAACUUCAGUCAAUUGAGCAUUUCAUUUCUACAUCAAGGCAGCCAUAUCACACUUCAGGGUAUCACUUUUAAACCUUAUCUAAGCAUGAUUAGUGGUUCUUCAAUGAAGAAGUUUAUUAAGAGUAAUACUCCAGCCCUAAUUGGCCAGUUUUUCUCUAUUUCUACAACUCCUAUACUCCCACCUCCACCUGCAGUUUCUACACUAUUAGGGACAUUUGUAAAUGUUUUUACAGAGCCUACUGGCCUUCCACCCUCUAGAUCACUUGACCACAAGAUUCCACUCAAACAUGGGUCUAACCCCACUUCUCAAAGACCAUAUAAAUGCCCCUUUAUACAUAAGUCUGUCAUGGAGUCAUUGGUCUCUGAAAUGCUAUCUAGUGGAGUGAUCCAACCCAGCCAUAUCCCAUUUGCUGCUCCUAUUCUCUUAGUCAAGAAGAAGGAUUGUACUUGGCGUUUUUGUGUCAAUUAUCGAAAUCUUAAUGAUAUUACGGUCAAGGAUAAAUUUCUUAUUCCUCUUAUUGAAGAAUUGUUGGAUGAGUUGAAUGGUUCUGUGGCAUUUUCCAAGAGUGAUCUUCGUUCUGGGUAUUACCAAAUCCGGGUUUAUGCACCUGACAUUCACAAGAAUGCUUUCCGCACUCAUCAAGGCCAUUACGAGUUCAGAGUUAUGCCAUUUGGGCUUACUAACGCCCCUGCAACCUUUCAAGCACUCAUGAAUGAGGUGUUUCAGCCAUAUCUCCGUAAGUUUUUCCUUGUAUUUUUCGACGACAUCUUAGUAUACAGUCCAUCCAUUACAGCACACAUAUAA